AUCCGAACGCCCCAUUGUCAGCGAAGUAUUUGAUGGUAAUGUUAAUGGCCGACCAGUCAUCAGAAUAGCUACUUGGAACCUUCAACAGUUGACUAAAGAUAAGAUAUCGAAUCCUGGUGUUCUGGAGGUGGUUUGUCGAACAAUUCUAGAGAAUGGCUUCAGUCUACUUGCCAUACAGGAAGUUGGGAGUAAAGAUGUGAUGGAAAAGAUAUGCAGUGAAUUAAAUCAAAGUAGUUUACGUCGAGUAAGGGAGUGGGGUGGACCAAAGGGGGAGUGGCGAUGGCAGGUUUCUGAAGAGCCUGCUGGGCUUAUGUUCCAGGCAGAUGACUAUCCUUGCCGUGAGGUUAAUUUUAAGCAGGGUUCAGAGUAUGCAGCCUUCAUUUACAAUGUUCAUCAUGGUUUACAGUUGGUCUCAGCAUCUUUAGUCAAUGUCCAUUCUGGAAAUAACAAUAACAGUAGCAGUAAAAGAAAUGCCUUUACUAGAAAGCCAUAUCUUGGAUAUUUCAAGGCAAAUGAGUUUGACUUUGUGGUAGUCAGUCUUCAUGUCAAAGCUGUUCAUUUCAAUAGAAGGAAGAGACCCACAAGACAUGAGGAAGACAUGGAAAAAGUAAAUAGUACUAUAUGUGAACCACACCAGAGUAUGGAAGUGAUGCAGUUAGCCCCUUUGGUGACAAUUUUGAAAGAAAAGCUUGUUAGUGAGAGAGACAUUGUACUUCUAGGAGAUUUUAAUAUGCCUCCUGAUGACAGUGCAUUUGGUGUGUUGAGGGAUGCUUCCUAUUCUAGUGUUGUUCCAGAGGAUACUUACACCAACAUAAGUAUUAAGAAUAGUGAAGGAUCAUGUUGUUGUGACAACAUUUGGCUCAAUCCUCAUACACGAAGAUUCUAUACAGGUAACUGGGGUGUUAUCAGACAGGGAUUGACUCACCUUGCUAUUCCCCGUGGUUGGGGCUGGGGUGGAUAUGUUAGUGACCACUGUCCUGUCUACUGUGAUAUAUACUCCUGCAGAGACAUUGACCCUGAACAGGCUGGAACUGCACAGCUUAAUGUUUGCUAGGAAGAAAGAACAACUCUUCAACACUUUGCUUGUUAGAGAGGGAAAGAGACAUCAAACUGAAAUAUAAAUUACUUUUUGAGUACUGCUCUCAAAUUUUAAAGAGAAUUUUGGCCUUGAUAUAAGAAGAAAAAACUCCUUAUUGUAGAUUCCUGCAAAAAAAAGAAAGAAAAAAAUAAAGUUCAUUUCAGUCUGCUUCUGGAGAAUUACAUGCAGAUAUUCAGUGUAGAUCUAGUAUACCUUUUUAUAUAUAACCUUUUUAAUGACACCAUUUUAAUAUAUAUAAUUUUUAUUUUGUCUAUUACAAUAUAUAACACUGAACUUCAGUCCUCAUACCUUUGUUUAGAAGUAGUGACAGCUUUUGAUCAUUCAGGUAUGUAAUAUGAUAGCCAUUGUUCACAUGAAAAUCUAUAAAAGAAAUUAAAUGUCCAUAAAAAUGGUAUAAAGUACAACACAAGAAGAUAACAUUAUUAUUAACUAAAAAAAAACUCCCCUUCGGUAAACAUAUAUGAAAAUAUAUUAAUUCCGAGGUAGAGCGAAUUGGAUAUUAACCCUUAAACGCCGAUUGGACGUAUUAAACGUUGACGAAAAUUGUCUGUUGGGUGCCGAAUUGACGUAUGAAACGUUGACGCAAAAAAGUUUUUUUUAAAAAUUCGUGGAAAAAUAGUUAUAGGCCUACUUGGUGAAAACUUUUCAAUCACGCACCUUGAGGGAUGCUGGGAGUUCACGGAUCCAGCUGUUGUUUUGUUUACAAUCAUUACCUAGGCGCGCAAGCGCGAAUUUCUUUCUUCUCGCAAUAAAAAGCAUCAGCGACACAUCUCAGAAAUUAUUUCGUCACUUUGACAUAAUUUUUGCACCAUUUUAUAUUAGCCAUUACAUAGAGUUUUAUAUAUGAAAAUGUGCACAAUUUCAUGUAGGAUACAACAAAAAACAACCCAUGGUUGUAGCUUUAAUAAGUUUUGAAAUAUUUUCAUAUUAAUAACGAUAGGUGCCAAAAUUUCAACCUUUGGUCAACUAUGGUCGAAAAAUGCAAUUGUAAGCUAAAACUUUUAUAUUCUCGUAAUAUUCAAUCAUUUACCUUCAUUUUGCAACAAAUUGGAAAUCUCUAGCACAAUAUUUCAAUUUAUGGUGAAUUUAUGAAAAAAACUUAUUCCUUACGUCCGCACGGUAACACUUCCGAAAAAAUCAGAAAUUUUUUCGUCCGAUUGUCGUAAUGUUUGCACCGUUUUAUAUUAGCCGUUACAUAAAGUUUUAUAUAUGAAAAUGUGCGCAAUUGUAUGAAGAAUACAACAAAAAACAACCCAUGGUUGUAGCUUUUAUCAGUUUUGAAAUAUUUUCAUAUAAAUAACGAUAAGUGCCAAAAUUUCAACCUGUAAACUUUGACUCUACCUAAAUGGUAAAAAACCGCAAUUGUAAGCUAAAACUCUUACAUUCUAGUAAUACUCAAUCAUUUACCUUCAUUUUGCAACAAAUUGAAAGUCUCUUGCACAAUAUUUCAAUUUAUGGUGAAUUUUAGAAAAAAAACUUUUUCCUACGUCCGCGCGGUAACUGCCGAAAAAAUCAGAAAUUUUUUCAUCCGAUGUUGUAAUGUUUGCACCGUUUUAUAUUAGCCGUUACAUAAAGUUUUAUAUAUGAAAAUGUGUGCAAUUUCAUGUUGAAUACAACAAAAAAUAACCCAUGGUUGUAGCUUUUAUCGUUUUUGAAAUAUUUUCAUAUAAAUAACGAUGUGCCAAAUUAUCAACCUUCGGUCAACUUUGACUCGACCGAAAUGGUUGAAAAAUGCAAUUGUAAGCUAAAACUGUUACAUUCUAGUAAUAUUCAAUCAUUUACCUUUAUUUUGCAACAAACGGGAAGUCUCUAGCACAAUAUUUUUAUAUAUGGUGAAUUUAUGAAAAAAACUUUCCUUACGUCCAUGCAGUAACUUCCGAAAAAAUCAUAAAUUUUUUCGUCCGAUUGUCGUGAUUUUUGCACCAUUUUAUAUUAGCUGUUACAUAGUUUCAUAUAUGAAAAUGUGCGCAAUUUCAUGUAAAAUAUAACUAAAAACAACCCAUGGUUGUAGCUUUUAUAGUUUUGAAAUAUUUUCAUAUAAAUAACGAUAAAUAGAAACAAUUUGACCUUCGGUCAACUUUAACUCGACCGAAAUGGUCAAAAACUGCAAUUGUAAGCUACAACACUUACAGUCUAGUAAUAUUCAAUCAAUUACCUUCAUUUUGCAACAAACGGGAAGUCUCUAGCACAAUAUUUUGAUUUAUGGUGAAUUUUUGAAAACAUUUUCUGAUCGCGCAUUAUGAAUUCAUGCAUCAUAUUGUGAUAAUAUUCUCUCUGUGUUGCUUUGAUCGUUUUACAAUUUGUUAUAAACCAAAAUCAUCACAUUUUAGUGUACAAUGCAACAAAAAAAUAAUUAACUCAUUAGCUUUUAACCGUUUUGCUCACAUCGCGAUUUGUAUACAAUUAUAUAUGAAAUUUUUUUUGCGCUCUUAUAUUCCAAUAUUUAUAUAUAUAAUGAUUUUUUUUCAUUUCUGAUGGUUGCAUACUAAACUUCAGGCAAUGACAAAAAAAGGAGCCAAAAAUGGACUCUAAAUCUUGAAAAUUAAGUGUGCUGUGAUUUUUUAAAAAAAACUUUAUUCCGCUUCGGCACUCACUUGCGAACGCCACUGGCAUAUGGGGAGACACUUUCGGAAAUACCGGCUCGGCGUUUAAGGGUUAAAGGACAUGUGUAGCUUAAUGCAUGUGUAUGAAUCACAGUGAUGUGAUAAAAAUUCAUAUAUACAGUGAACCCCCUGUAUUCAUGGGGGAUGUGUACCAGACCCCCCUCCUAUGAAUAGUUAAAACCUGCUAGAAAAGAGAGAACCUGCAAGAAGAGAGAGCGAGAGAGUUUUAUCCUUGUAUAAAAGAGUGAAAGCGAAAGAUUAUUGUAUUUCUUUAAAAUACUAUCACAUAUGAAUUUUGUAAUUACAGUUGUUAUUAUUAUUAUUAUUAUUAUUGUAUUAUUGUUAUUAUUUGAAAAUAUUAAUAAACAUAUGCAUACAUGUACCAUAAA